AUGCCGUCUCCUGCGACACCCAAACGCCCCUCCAACAGUGGAGGUACCGCAAAAGUCAAGCCACUCGACAUCGGAGAGCCGCUGGGCGUCCACGACACAAACACCGUUCGCUCCCGAGUACGAAAAUGGCAGCAACAAGGCGGCGGAGUGAUCACGAUCGAUGACGUCUGCGCGAACGAAGAUGAAAAUGCCACGAAGACCAAACCGAAGCCAGCCAAAGCCAAGGCAGAAAAGCUGGAGCGACCGAACAAGGACAAUCCCCCCGCGCUAAGGAAGCGCAGCCACAGCACGCCGCGCAAACGAGUGGUGAGCGACGAGCACUGGAAAAAGACACGGAAUCGAGCUUCGACGCAAUCCUCGUCGCGCAACCUACCUCCCCCCAAGCGCAUAUCCGAAUACACCACGAAUGAUGGACAGCCGAGAUCUUCGCGAUCGAGACGCAACGACAGCGAGGACGAGCGAGAGAAGGGCCAAGACGCCCCUCGAUCCUCGAAGCGGAGCUCUGGGGCGGGCCCCAGAUCCCAGGUUCGGGACUCGAAGUCCAGCACUCGCAAUGUUGAUACAAUCACCGAGAGCGACUAUGAGACAGACCACGGCAAGCCCGGGGCGCCCUCGGAACUCUCGGACAGGCAUAGAAAUCGAUCGCCUCCUCCCGAGGAUGUAUGGGCAGCGAGUGAAGCGGACUUCUCUGAGUUGUCAAAGAGACGUGCUCGUGGUGCUCCAAAGCCGCCAAAAGGAGGUAUAUUCGCGCAUAUGAUCGACGAGUCCAAGAAGAUGUUUGGAAAGCCUGAGCCAGAGCAGCCUAGACCUACGCCUACUCCGACGACGGGCCGUGGAGCCAAGAUCGAGGCGUGGCUAUCUGAGACACCAGACCCCUUUCUGGACGAAGUCGAGAACAAGAGUGAUUUGCCAGCCCCCUUGGAUCUAAAAUCAGGCCGAGCAAGGCGGUCCAAGAGACUCGCAGAUGGGGAACUACACACUGGCACCGAUUCUGAACCAUCAGUGAUUAGCGAAUCUCGGCCGAAGAGCGCUGUGAGCCGAUACUCCAAAGGAAAGGAGAGCAUCUGUUCAACAGACAAGCCGUCCAAGUCAGGAGAGCUUGAUAGAGGCGACGAAUCGAACCGAUCAAGCAUAGACAAGAGCUCGAAGUCCUCGGCCAAGAGCAAAGAAGAGAAGCCGGUACAGGACAAGCCAUAUGAGGAAAGCAUCGCACCCUCGGAGUCCGAAACCCAGCCCUUUUCCGAAGACUCUGAAGUUUCAGGCCAUAAUGCACCUGUGCCACUUGGCCGCAGCAAGCCUUUCCCCAGCACCGGCUACCAUCGACUAUCGACGAUUGCCUCGGUCGAAACUCUCAGCGCUACUCUUACAGAUGGUACUGCACCCGCGCCAAAGAAGGCAACGACUGAAAAGCGCCAGUCGAAGAUUGCUGAGGAAGCAGAAGAAGCAGAGAAGGAAGAUCAAUUUGAUCCUGAAUCCCUCCCUGUGGUCUCGUCACAGUUGAAACGAAGGCUCACAACCCACAAUGAUCUUAUGUCUGUCCUAUCAAUUUCGACAUCCCGAAGGGGAAGCACUCGAUCUAAUCGCAGUAUCCGUACCAACAAAAGCCGACUGGCUCACGCGACGGUUGAUGAUCUGCUUCAAGAGCUCGUGGGCGAUGAGACGAAGUAUAUGCGAGAGCUGAAGACAUUGGUCGGUGGUGUCAUCCCAGUACUCCUGACUUGCGUACUCUCUCGAUCCGACUCGGCCAUUGCCGCAGGUCUAUUCCGCCCUUCUCUGGACCCUCAAGAUGAUGUGAACUUCUCGAAACCCAUUGUCAACAUGGGCGUUGCGAUUGAGCGCCUGAAGAAUCUGCACAAACGGAUUCCUCAAGACAAUGCGGAUGCAUUGCUUACCUGGGCGCAAGGUGCUCAGAGAGUCUACCGCGAGUACUUGAAGGCAUGGCGACUUGGGUUCAAGGAUGUUAUUGUCAAUCUCGCUCCACUUGAAGAGGAUGAGGCCUCUCAAAAUGCGGACACGAAGAGUCUGGACGAAGGCCUGGAGCGAGACGAGAAUGGCGAUAUCAUCGAUAGCGAUGGAGAAAAGGUCGAUGUCGCCUACCUCUUGAAGAGACCUCUAGUGCGACUCAAGUACUUGGCCAAGAGCUUCAAGGGGAUUAAUGUGCUGGAACCAUCCACCAAGGCCGAGGAAAUGGCCACCGCCUAUCAGAGUCUUGUUUACGAUGCCCGGAAACGUGUUCGAGAUGAAAGAGCGAGAUUGGAAGAUGAUUCCGCUGCUAGUAUCGAUCCAACCCGAACUAGAGACCCCAUGACCUUGGGUGUCCUUCGGGGUAUAACUGUUGAUCAGACUCGUCGUGUCCGGGCUCGUGAUUUCUUCAAUCUAUCUCUAUACCACUCGAGUGGUCAGCUGGUGGACUGCCGGGCUGAGCUCUUGUACCGAGACAACACUCCGAGCAAAGGACCUGGAGGUGAUCUACUCAUUUGCGAGAUCGAUCACUCUGAUCGCUGGCUGCUUUUCCCUCCCAUGGAUGUGCGAUGUGUCUCAGCUCGCAGGGGAGAAUCUAGACACGAGAUCGUGCUUAUGCUGCGCAGUGCACCCGAGGACGCCACCAAGUACUGGCAAGAACUGAUCUCACUUCGCAUCGACGAAGAAGAAGUCGGAGCUGAGUGGAUCCAAUUGCUUGGUUCGGACCCUAUCCCCCCAUCAAUUUGUCGAAGCCAAAGCUUCAUCAGCAGAGCCAAGCAGAACAGGGCCCGCAAGCCUACUGCCCAUGGCUCUCCCCCUAGGGCACAUCCCAGUGACGUUGAUGUUCCGAUUGGCGAGAAGGCCACUGGGAGACGGCGCUCAUUGACUACAAAGGAACACUUCUCUGAGCCCAGUACUGUCAGCUCUGCUAUUGACGCAAGAAGCUCUAUGUAUUCCACAGCCACCCGGGAGACUGACUAUACCACUGGAGGAUCAGAGUUGCCAGCAAAGCCAUCCCGGCCUGACCUACCUCUUCUUCCUUCCACAGACCCCCGGAACUCGCCUAUUAGCCCCGACAAGUCUUCCACAGGACUCAAGCGAUCCAAGGCUAAGAGACUUUCACGCUAUGGCGAAAGCCCGGCUUCGGAGACUGUAUCCCCACACACCGUUGUAUCUGACAAGCCGGAUGACAGCACCAUUGUGACUUUACCAGCAGUAGCUACACCGACACCAAGCACGCCAACGGCUACUACACCAACAACGGGCAGAUUCUAUGGUGGCGAGAAGUCCGACUUUGCGGACGCGGGUUCUCCAAGAGGAAAGCCAUCCAGAAUUCCCCAGAAGACCCCGCAAAAGUCCCCGCAGAAGACGCCUGCUAGAGAAUCGCCCGAACCUGAAUCACCAAGGGUAUCAUCUGUGCCCUCGGCAGUUCUUCCUCUGAUCCCCAAGAUCCGAACGCCCAGUAGCCAGACGCAUCUGUCUACUCCCACGAGCGUUGACGACGAGGAGGAAGACUAUCCCCCGCUGGAUGCUCUUCCAGAGCGCGAAGUCCCGGAAACGCCGACAAAAUCCAAGAGGAAGAAGUCCCGCAGGAGGCCCAAGUCCUCCGAUGACAGUCCUCCGCCUCCACCGCCUCAUCGAUCACCUAGCCCUUCCACUGGCAAGCGUUCGAGCGCUCCAGUCCUCACUUCCAGUAGCGGUGGGCUCAAGCGUCGUGGAUCUUCUCCCCUGAAGCACGAGUAUGAGCCUUCGACCGCUUCGGACUACACGGAAACUGAUUCAGACGCGUCGACUGUCCGACACUACACCUACUCAUCAUCGGAGUACUCUCGAUCCGCCAGAUCAUCUGAUUCGGAGGACGACUACUCAUCGGUGUCCGACGAAGAUGAAGAUUACCAAGAUACUCCCAAGGCUAGAGUGGCCGAAUCAACUCUCGAUGGCAGUUCUCUCUCGCCUUCCAACUCUGCGUCACAAGGUGGCUACCGUGCUGUGCCACUGCAGCCAACAAAGACAUCGAAAACAAUUGCGGGUGUCUUUGCUUGGUCCGACAAAGGAAGCUGGGAGACUGUACUUCCUGACGACUGCGACAUUAUUACCACUCAUUUCUCUCGAACUUACACCACUCGUUCCUAUUCGCCGUGGCACUGCCAUCGACAUCAGCAUCCGCUCUCCCCCACUGAGCGGUCCAAGAUCACAUCCAGUAAUAACAUUAUGUUCCGCUCGCGCAGUCCCGAAGACUGCGAUACCCUCUACGGCCUCAUCAACCAAGCAAGAAUCAACAAUCCAACCUACAUCGCCCUCCAGAACGCCCGCGGGCCAUUUAAUGGCCACCCUGUUGCAUCCUUCGAGCCCGCCACAAAAUCCAGCGGAGGCCUCUUCGGCUGGCCCCGCCGCAGAAAGAGUUACCGCGCCUCAAGCUCCCCCGCUCCCUGGCCGAAGGAUCCGAAAGCAGCCAAGAUGUUCAACAUCUCCCGCUCAACCAUCGAAUCCCGCAACGGCCGCGAAGGCAGCAUCCAUUCCGGCUCCGGCGAUUCCGGCACAAACCCAUCUCCUAACUCGGGCAUCGGCCGCAUAGCGGCAGCAAUCAAGGGUGCUGACGGCAUCGGCCUCUCAAACGCCAAGAUCCGCCUAUACGCCCGCGAAUCCGCCUCUAAAUGGCGCGAUAUGGGCGCCGCCCGCAUGACCAUCAUGCCCGCUCCACCCAAGAACACCUCUCGCCCCGGCACAGCAGUCAGCGGCCGCAGCGAUAGCAGUUUGCAGAGAGGUGAUACAGACGGCACGAGUAGCAGCUCACCACCCGCCUCAGGUGCAGCCUCUCCACGCCGUGGCAUUGAGACAGAGAAGCGUAUUGUCAUCCGUGGCAAGACUCGCGGUGAGACAUUAUUAGAUGUCUGUCUAGGCGAAAACGCCUUUGAGCGCAUUGCUCGUACGGGUAUUGCCGUUUCAAUUCGCGAAGAGAAUGAAGACGGGUCCGUGGCUAAGAAGGGCGGUGUCGCUACGGGCUCUGGCAAGAUUUACAUGAUCCAAAUGAAGAGUGAAGCUGAGGCGGCUUAUACCUUUGGGCUUGUUGGUAAGCUCAGGUAUUAG